AUGGUCGGCCGGCGACGUGCCGACUUCGAUCAACACAAGGACCUGAUCAUCAAGCUCUACCAUGAGAAAACACCAUGGUCCAAGAUCGAGAGCAUCCUGCUCAAUGAGCACGGUUGCAGAGCGAAGUCCAGGACAAUAAUGCGCCGCUUCAAGGAGUGGGACCUCGACUUCCACCGCGUCCAGACAAAAAAAUCUGACAACCUUAAUGACCAAAUCAGAUCCUACUGGGAGGACCGGAGCAGCCGCCCAAAGACGGACGAAGAGCUGCUGCAGAAGCUGCUCGCCGACGGCUUCACGGUCAGCCUGAGCGCCAUCAUCCAAAUCCGUAAGGAACUGAAGCUCUACCGGCGGUGGGACGAGAGGCUCGGCAGGUACAGGCCCGACUCGGAGCUCGGCAAGAGGGGCAGGCGGAGGCAGAAGCACUCCGUCUUCACCGAGGCGAAGCUCGCACCUCCGCCUGACGCCUCCGAUCCGGAGGAUGCCGGGUACCCGGCUCAGCGCGCCGGUCAGCACGACGUGGCACAGCAGCCUUGGAGUCCCGGGGUGCAGAGCAUGCAGAGUGAUGGUGAGGGCCCGCGGCGGCCUGAGCAGAGCAUUCAGCUCUCGCCCCAGGUGGAUCUGGCGGCCAGCAGGAGCGCAGACCCAGGCAUCACAAGCAGAGAUGCCCGUAUAAAAGCCCUGCUAGACCGCGUCACCAUCUUGGAACAGCACUGUCUAGCAAAUGGAAUCGGCCUGCCGUAUGCGGGCACAAGUGCAGAUGUGCCUAUCCCAGGAACAUCAGCAUCCCCGGCGGAUAGGGGACCUUGGCAGAUUGGUGCCAGUUUUCUGCCCUGA